GCAGCCAGAAAAAUGGGAAUUCUGGGAACAAUGCCACAAUUUCCUGACUUGAAAAGCUGAAAGAGAGAAGAGACGAAAGCCCUUUUUCGAUUGCAUCGUCGCUAUCAACCGUGGAUUGGGAUGUUUUAAGUCUGACAAUGCCUGAUAUUUUGUGGCAUGAUCCUUCUCCGAUGGAAAAACGGGUAAAAGGAAGCUUGUUUACUUACCCGACGCUGGAUGAGUUGCGUGAGAGAAGAAUUCUGUUUAGCGCUACUUGGGAGACGAAAUCUUCUGCCUCAGGUCGUUGGUUUUUUCGUGCCAGUCUCCGUGCUCCUAAAAUCAACGGAUCCUAUCAGCCUCAGUCGACCGAACCAGACGUCUUUUCUUUGGAGUCUUUUAACUCCGAAUGCGGGGUGUUUACCCCGGUGGUGGUGGUUCCUAUAGCGGCAUGGCGAGAGUGUAUGGGAGAAAUGAAGGAGAAGAUAGACGUCUUGUUUCGAAGCAGUCGAAAUUGGAAAUGCGUACUGACGACGAAAAGAAGGUUGUCUUUUGAGACCACACCCCCGACGGAGUACGAAAGGACCUCCCCUGCCAAUACAUCAACCAAUAGUAUUUGAAAACAAUCUUUCUACUAGUCUGAUUGGUCAAAACAUUUUACGGGGCUCCUCCCCUUUGAAAACAAUACGCCCCGUAAUUUUUUGACCAAUCCACAACGGUUUCUUUUUUUCGUACCCUUUAAAAACAAGACAAUCCUGCAAUUUUGACCAAGCCACAUCGGUUCCUUUCUGAACGUGCGAUCUCUCAAACAAGAAAAUGGCAAACAAGACAAGCAGACGCGUACAGACUUCUUUUAUACCACAGGACAAAUUUAAACCAUCCGUACACACGGCUGAUGAACCAUCCGGCAUUACGGCUGAUGAAGCAGCCAUGAGAGAGAUUUUUAAUCCUCCCGAGACGAUGGUGGAUGCAAACGGCGAAGAGACCCCUUCAAUUCCGCCGUGUCGCUUCAGCAGAUGCUUCGUCAGACAAGGCAUGAAAACCUGCGAGGCUACACCGUCUUUGGCAGACAACGAUACGGAGGAGGAGGUAAAGGAGAAUUGUUUUGUAAACAUAACUCCGCCAUCAUCCCAGCCAUCAUCUCCGUCACUCUUGGAGCCUACAUUGCACAUUGACGACGAAACCGAUGGGGGUCUGUGGUUGUUUUUCGCCAGCACGGUGAAAACGGCUGUGUUUCAUCUCCUCAACCACGCCAUCUACAAUUUCAGGCAAAGCAAGUGCUACGGUUGCUGGGUAAACCAUCCGAGCCAGAGACAACACCAAUGCCUGGAGCCGUAUGAGCAGGACUUUUUGUUGUACAACUACGACGGAGUCAUCAGGAGUCUACGCAGGCCUAAAUUCAUUCAGGCCAUUCAAUGCUUGCUGAUGCUUCGUUGCAUCAAGGCUGAGGAUUCAAAGGUUGAAGCCUAUGCAGACUCUUUGCUGUCUCAACUGGGAUCUGAGACAAAUAUCUGGGGGGCUAUAGAUGGCAUGUACAGCGAGCUGGUGGGAAAUGAUGAAACGAUUUUUGGACAUUUGGGUAUGGUGACAGAGUGUUGGAAAAAAUAAAAAAAGAUGGGUAAUUAUUGGGGAAAUCUUGUCAACUUUGUGGAGAACCAUGCUGUUAUAUACCCAUUGACGGACGUGAUAGAAGCAUUUAUUUUAAAACGCGACAAACCUCAAAAAAUACAAAUCAUUCUUGACUAUGCCCGCUCUAAGCCCACCUGGGAAACUGUUGUUUCUCAUGCUUCUGACUUUGACAUUUUUGAAAUGAUUUUGUCUGAAUGGUCUAAAGAAAAGUCUUUUCAACCUUCACCUUGUCAUGUGUUUGUUUUAUAUGCUCUGUUUGUUGAUAUGACGAUGUAUCGGCUGCGCUAUGGCAUCCCCGUUAAUGUUUUGUUUGAACUACAAAAACUACAUAAUGCGAUUAA